CAAUCUUUCUAGCUCUAUGAAGCUCAAUGAAAAAUUAUCAGAAAUUCCAAAUAAUUGAUUUAGAAAUUAGAAUUAAUCAGCUUUAAUUUAAGUAAUAUAGACUAUUUUUUUAUAAAAUGGAAACAGAAGUGAAAAACAAUCCAAAUUCCAGUGAGGAAAUAGACGAUAAUAUUAAAAUAGCGGAGGACUUCAAAAACCAAGCGAAUGAAUGUUUCAAAAAGCAAGACUAUGAUUCUGCUAUUAAAUACUAUACUCAGGCAAUUGAGGCAAACCCUAAAUCAGCGGUUUAUUUCGGAAACCGUAGUUUUGCUUAUUUGAAAUUAGAAUGGUUUGGUUAUGCGUUAGACGAUGCAACAAAAGCAAUCGAAUUGGACAAAAAUUAUAUAAAGGGUUAUUAUAGGAGAGCGUCAGCCAAAAUGUCUCUAGGUAAAUUUAAGGAAGCUUUAAAGGAUUUUGAGUUAGUAACUAAAAUAAGACCGAAUGAUAAAGAUGCAAAGUUAAAAUUCAAGGAAUGUGAUAAAAUUGUUAGAAAACUAGCCUUUGAAAAAGCAAUUGCUGUAGAUGAUAUGAAGCAGAAUAUUGCAGAUACAAUCAAUUUGGAAGCAAUGACUAUAGAAAAUGACUACAAAGGGCCUCGAUUAGAGGAGAAUGGCAAAAUAACUUUAGAAUUUAUGAAAGAAUUGAUGGAAUUGUAUAAAAAGCAAGGAAAGUUACAUAGGAAAUAUGCAUUCAAGAUUCUGCUAGAUAUUAAGACUUAUUUAAUGUCUCAACCUUCACUAGUUGAUGUAACAAUUGAACCGAACAAAAAAUUUACUGUUUGUGGUGAUAUUCAUGGACAGUUUUAUGAUCUUAUGAAUAUAUUUGAAUUAAACGGCCUACCUUCAGAAUCAAAUCCUUACCUAUUCAAUGGAGACUUUGUUGACCGUGGUUCUUUUUCAGUUGAGUGUAUCUUUACACUGUUUGGUUUCAAAUUAUUAUACCCCAAUCACUUCUUCAUGUCUAGAGGUAACCAUGAAAGUUCAACAAUGAAUGAAAUGUAUGGUUUUCAUGGUGAGGUAAAAUCAAAAUAUUCAGCUAGAAUGUCCGAAUUCUUCAAUGAAGUAUACAAUUGGUUACCAUUGGCACAUUGUCUGAACAAGAAGGUUCUUGUUAUGCAUGGAGGUCUUUUUUCAAAGGAUGGAGUUACCUUAGAUGAUAUUAGAGAAACAGAUCGUAAUAGGCAGCCCCCAGAUGAAGGUCCUAUGUGUGAUUUGUUAUGGUCUGAUCCUCAACAUCAAAACGGAAGAGCUCCUAGUCGUAGAGGUGUAGGAUGUCAAUUUGGACCAGACAUAACAGAAGCUUUUUUGAAGGAGAAUAAUCUUGACUAUAUAAUCAGGAGUCAUGAAGUUAAACAUGAAGGAUACGAAGUUGCCCAUGGCGGAAAAUGCAUUACGGUGUUUUCUGCACCUAAUUAUUGUGAUACUAUGUGUAAUAAAGGUGCAUUUAUCAACCUAAAUGGAAGUGAUUUAACACCAAAAUUUGUGACAUAUGAAGCUGUGCCUCAUCCAGAUGUGAAAGCAAUGGCAUAUGCUGAUGCCUUUUACUGUAUAUAAACAUACCUAAAAGGCUGAGUCACUGUUCAUUUUACUAGUAGUACCUGUUAGGUUCAGUAUCUUUAGUUUACCACUUUCACUCUGCUAAACAGGACAUAUGAUCGAACUCCAUAUUUUAAUAUCCAAUUUCUUGAACAUAUUUAUUAGCAAAUUCAAUAGAAUGUAUUGUUUUUUUGUAUGAUGGAAAGAAUAAAUUUUUAGAGUAUUUUAUUCACGAAAUCAUUCCUGAAAAAACAAUUUUGAAUUGUUAAUUUGAUUGGAAUUUUUUUCAUCAUAUCCUUGAUUAUGUUGUAGUUAUUCUUCUGAUAAUUGAGUCAAUAAAAAAGUUUUUAUUA